CGUGCGUAAAAGGCAAGUUUACCGAGCCCGGUUGGCUGGAGCUGUGCACACACACGCGCGCGCACUGGAACCAGUGGAUGAACUUCAGCAGGAUAAUGGAUUAGCGCAUCGCAGCUAAAGAGAAAAGGCGCAGCGUGCGAUGAACUCCAGAUGUCAACGCAUCGGAAGAAAACAUCCACCCACCCACACCGGGAUGACUCACGGGUUGUAAAGCGGCAGAAUACGCGGGCGCCGGUGCGGACGGGCAGAUCGUGCGUGGGGUGAUCCGACUCGUUUGUGGUACUUAAAGCUCGGUGGUUUGUUUAUGGGGGAGAGAAGAAGGAGAAAGAGAAGAGGCAGCAGCAGCAGGAGCAGCAGCAGCGGGACUCGAGCCGACACACGGACUGUCAGUUGCUGCAGGAGGUGCCGGUGCCAGAUAUGGACAACGCGCGGGCCACCACUCCACGCUGGUGCGCAUCUUCAUAAAGUCCCACACCUCCCGACGCCGGGUCUGUCCCGAGUCUGAAACAACACCGCCGCUUCCUCCGAAACAACAACAACAACAACAACAACAAGUCGUCCACGGAGAAGAGUUGGACACGAGCGUCAGAGAACUUUUGUCUAGUUUUUUUCUUGUUUUUUUCCUUCCUUCAAACGUUGACGAAGCGGAGAACAUGCGUCAGGAGGUCGCGAGGAGACUCCAGCUGCUGCUCGUGCUCUGGUCGGUGCUCCUGCUCAGUUUGGGCUCGGGCUUCCCCACCAGACACAAGAGUGUCGCCCACAAGGGUCAUGGACACCCUGUUCAUAAUGGUGGGGUCCAGUAUGUCCCUGAGACUUUGGAGCAGCAGAACCAGGUGCAGAGUCUGCUGCCCGAGCCACACAGCCACCAGAGGAGGUGGUCGCACCCGCAGCACCGCUCCGUUGGGGUUCUCCCACAGCCUCAGCCUGAGGAGGAGACCAAACCCUUCAUCCUGGAUCUCCAGAACUUUCCAGACCUGGCCAACGCUGACAUCAACUCACAGAACCCCAACAUACAGAUGACCAUUGAGGUUGUGGACGACCCUCAGAUGGAGGUAGAGAUGGACCUGGCCAAGGAAAAAGAAUGGCUGCCCUCCUCUUCCUCUUCCCCCUCUUCCACAGUAGAUUGGCUCGGCGGCAAGAAGCUUUUCUGGCCUCUUUUCUGGAGUUACACCGACGCCGAUUCUGGCGAGGACAGCAACAACCGGUCGGGCAUGGAGGAAACUGGCGAGGAAGAGGAGGAGGAAGACUAUUCGCUGGAUUAUGGCAGCGAGGAACCCUUACCCAGCGGAGUGGGCGGAGACUGGGACACUCAUUGGAACGAAGGCUGGGAUCCAAUGCAGAGCUACUAUGAAAAGGAGACGGAUGAGUGGACUUCCUGGUCUCCCUGUUCGGUGACGUGUGGCCACGGUGAGAGGAAGAGGACGAAGUCUUGUGGCUACUCCUGCACUCUGACAGAAGCCUCUAGGUGUGACCAGGAGCCCUGCCCCGGUGAUGUCAACACUGUGCCAGAACCUUUUCCUUUCGAGAUGGAGAAUGGCACCGAGCCAUUUGGAACAGAUGUGGACAGCUGUGAGAAGUGGCUCAACUGCAAGAGUGACUUCCUACAGAGGUACCUCCACCAGGUGCUGUCCGAGCUGCCCGGGUGCCCCUGCUCCUACCCCUCUGAAGUAGGAUACACCGUCGUCAGUGUCUAUGACGAGACUCAUGGCCGGCAGUUCCGCUGGCGUGAUGCCAGUGGCCAGAAGGAGCGCCUGGACAUCUACAAGCCGUCAGCGCGCAGCUGCAUCCGCUCAGCGCUUUCUGGUGACUUGUCCACUCUCGCAGCGCAGCACUGUUGUUAUGACGAACGCGGGCGCUUGAUCACGCGGGGUAAAGGCGCAGGCACGCCGAACCUGAUCAGCACUGAGUUCUCACCCGAGUUACACUUUAAGGUGGACGUGCUGCCUUGGAUCCUGUGCAAGGGAGACUGGAGUCGCUUCCAUGCGGUGCGUCCACCCAACAAUGGGCAGAGCUGCCCAGCAAACCCCCAUGAAGACGUGUUCAUGAACGAACUAGAAGAGGCCAGGGAGUACUGAGGGACCACAGCCAAAUGUACAACUUCACUCAGAGUCAGAGAGUCAGAGGGCCCAAUCCUAAUUUGAACGGAGGCUGUCACGAAAAUAUUACAUCUAAACCAUGCAUCAGCCACUCAUCAUGCAUUGAUGUUGUGAAGUGUGGCUGUGUCAAGUUAGGAUUUGGCACCGUGUCCUGACAACAGGCUCAACUGAACCGAACUGAAUUACAUGAAUGGAAAAAAAUGCAGUGUUCUCCCAUUGCUUGCCAACCAUUUACACAUCUGGCAUGACAUCAAGCUCUGUUUCCUUUUAUUCACUGCACUCUCCUGGGUGCGUGUGAGCGUGGUGUCCACCUACUGGCUUCUUUGACGGUGUCCUGGAGCGCUUGUGAUUGACCAUAGCAACACAUGGUAAACAUCCUGAUCAUGCUUCUUCGAAGUUUUACCUUAGGAAAUGUAUGACUCCAUUUACACCUGGUAGUAAGAGUCUCAUGACCAGGUUUCUAUCGAGAUACCAUUUGAAUGUGAUGACAUGUACACCUGGUAUUAAUGUGUGACUCCAGUGUCACUGAUGCUACAUUCACAAAUGCAUCGACUCAGCUACAGAUACGCCUGGCAUCCACACUAGUCAAGAGUUUCAGAGCCACUAAAACAGAGAAGUUUGGAAACAAUGCAGCCGUGUUUAAGUUUGCAAACUCCUCAGCUGUGUUUUAGUUUGGAUGAGCAGUAAAAAAGACAAUGACGUAAACACUCACAACUUACUGCUGAUUUGGUCUUUUUACUCAUGACAUAACGUUUGCUGAUUCGUCAGGUUCUUAUCACAUGACCCCCUUCUGGAAGGGGCAUUAGCCUCAGCUAGCCAUGUAGAACGCAACAUGGAUAGUCAAUUAUAAGCAUUGCGGACCCUGUUGUCUUUGCUAACAGCUGUUGUGAAGUUAGAAACUGAGACAAGCUACUUUUUGAGUAAUCUGCAUCAGUUCCUCUGUCCAGUGAGACGCACACUCCUUCUUGUUAACACUAGCAUGUUCAUGCCCAGUUGUACUUGAGUGGUCACGUAUAAAUACAAAGUAGCAUGGACGUGGCCUGAGAUCUGACUGAGCUUUAAUGACUCAAUCCAAUUCACGUUACAUCCGCUACACAUUGUCCAAAAAAAAACAAUGAUCUAAAAAAGAGUAGACGAAGACGGUAGAUGCAUUAUUGUGUUUGUUUGCUUCUCUCUUCUUUACUUCAUUCAAAAGUGUGUUGAAUGAAGUCCAAUGCUAAGGACUGAGGAGAGGAAGGACUGAUUCAUGUGUUUAUUGGCUAAUGGCUUGUAGCUGCCUAGCUGCUACCUCGCUGGUCUGGGAUUGUCACAUGCGAUUUAAGUAUUUCCAUACACGUUGUUUGUGGGUUGACGACAGAAUUGCAUUUACAUUUGUGUCACACUGCGUCACAUUUAAACCUGUACUUUUCCAGUGGUCCAGUACUUUCAAACUGCGUUACCUUCACCCAAACACAUUUUAAUACCAGGUGUAAUAUAAAUACGUGAACGUGGGCUGUAUUAAUGCAGCAAACACAAGCAUAUUCCAACAAAUUUGAAAUUUUGAAAAGAAUGAAGGGUGUCUGAGACAAAUAGACCCAAAAAUGCCAAAUUUAUUCACAUAAGCGUACAUUUCAACCAAUCUUUUGGAAAGAAAAUUUGUCAUGAUAAAAGAAUUUGAGAUGUGAACCUGAGAAAUAAAUGAUUAAUUAAUAAUCUGAAAUAUGCAAUUGCUUUAUCAAGCUUGAUUGUGAGAAUUGAGAUAACAGCCUUUAGUCAGUAACAGAGAAUUGGAUUUCGAAUGUUUCUUCACAUAGAUUGAUGUUGUGCGUUUCCUCACAUUUUUACAAUAUAUAUCAUCUGGGUGCCAAAGAGUUAAGAAAAUCUGACUGUUGGUGCCUGUGUUAAAUCCAACCUCCUAAGUCUCUUCAGUGCAAAUGCAGGAGAAAGAAAUAAUCAGCUAUACAGUGAGUAGAUUGUGCUCAAAGAUGCGUCUCUACAAUGUUCUCAGGGUGACUCACUGACCAUGAUAAACACAUUUGUUCAUUUACCUCUACAGCGGAGCACUAUCAGACUUUGUACAAAGUGUAUCGGGGUAAAGAGUAGUGAGUUUUAUCGUGUGUGUGAUCCAGAUUAGAAGUGGAGAUAAUACUUUUGUGCGGUUUAUAAAAGCAAAUAGAUCCCUUAUAUCUGAAUUAUUGUUGUCGGUACGUUGAGUGUGGUAGAAAGGUGUCAUUGCAGUUUAAGCUGCUUGGAUCGAAAGGACAUUCCUAUUCAAAUGGGCACGCCCAACAUGGACCUUCGGGAAACGUUUGAGUCUGUCAUCGUUAGGUAUAGCACAAAGAAAUGAAAAGGCUUGUGUGUUACCAUAUUAAACAUUGAGCAUUGUUAGCAUUGUAGCAGUAGAUGUGUUAAGACUUUAUCCCUCCCCCAAUAAACUCCCAGUGACAAUCAUUUUAAACCCCUUAGAAAUAUCCUAAAACUCCAGGAAGGGCCCUUUCUAUCCCGUCUGAUUUCAUGGAUGUUUUUUUUUUUUUUCAGGAACUCUGCUUCCAGAUUUGCAUUUACAUUUUGGAAUCACCAAUUUUAAAGGAAGGCACUUUAUUUAUAAGUUUAUACAGAUUGGUGACAAAUUGAAGGAGAAAAAAAAAAUAGUAUGUGAACAGAGGAACCUAACAAAGGCAGAAAGAGUAUGAGGGCGGAUAAAAGCAUUGAGUAUGACCAUGAUGUGAAUCAUAUGCUAUGGCCUUCGCAGUCACCAGAGCUCAGCUGAAAACCCAUGGGAGAUUUGGGAUGGGCGUGUUUCUCGUUCUUCCCCAUCAUUCAUCUCUUAACACCAAAUGAGGGAAUAUCUUUUUAGAAGAAUGGUGUCAACCCUCCUGAAGAGCUCAUGCCGCUAAUUAAAGCUCUUCUGGAGGCUUGUGGUGGCCCAACACACUUUAUAUUGGGUUUUCCUUUCAUUUGUCAUCCAAUUGUGUGUGUGCACGUGUAUAUAUUUGAAUCCACGCUCACACACACAUGCAAAUGAUAUAUCAAAAUGUACUCAUGUUCGCCAUUUGUCGACGGUAGUGUUAUUGUGAAGGGUAACUCGCCAGAGAUGCAGCAUUGUUCUAUGAGAGUGCAUAUAUCCAGCGUUCGCUGGAGAGAAGCAUGAUCUUUUUGUGAUUUCUGAAUCUAGUAUUACAUAUAUGGUGUUGUACAGUAUUUAUUUGUCUGCUCUCGUUUUGUUUUUUAACUUUGUUGAAGCUUUGAAAUGACUCUAUACUCAACAUGGUGCACUAAUCCGACUGAAAAACGAAGGCACCCGCAUCGAAAGGGAAACCACAUGCCUCAUAUCGCUUCGUACAGCAACACAAAGUGUGUGUUUCAUUUUACGUUCUACUGCAGUGCUAUAUAAAUAAAAAAUGUUGUUGCAAUUACGCUGACGAAAUAUAUAUAUAAAGACCUUGCAUUCACCUGA